CUGCUGGACAAGCAGCAUCCGGGCCUGUAAGCCGGAUUCAAGGACUGCCUCAGGGCGGCCCUCAGUCCUGUUUGGGCCUUCUCCAGCCCCACUUCCUGUUCCCUGGCCCGGGCCAAGUCCUCUCAGGACUCAGAUGUCGGGUUCCAGAUGCCUGGUCUCAGAGUUGUGGGAACAGUUUCUGGGGAAGCCUCACUCCACCCGCUGCCCAGGCAACAUGCCCCAGGCCACAGCCAUGCAGCCCCAUCUGCGCUGGCCCACUCCCAAGUGGUGGUUCCUCCUCUGGGGAGUCCUCCAGGCUUGCCCCACGCAGGGCUCCGUGGUGCUCCUGGCCCAAUGGCUGCCCCAGAAGCUGACAUCCCCUGGGUACCCGGAGCCGUACGUCAAAGGCCAGGAGAGCUCCAUGGACAUCGAGGCUCCAGAGGGCUAUGCUGUGAGGCUCCUGUUCCAGGACUUUGACCUGGAGCCGUCCCCGGACUGUGAGCAGGACUCCGUCACAAUCACAGCCAGUGGGAUGGAUCUCGGCCAGUUCUGUGGGCAGCAGGGCUCCCUGCUGGGCAGGCCCCCUGGUCAGAGGGAGUUUGUGUCCUCAGGGAACAGUUUGCGGCUGACCUUCAGUGCCCCAGCCUCUGAAGACAAGACCCCAGGCCUCCACAAGGGCUUCCUGGCCCUCUACCAAGCCGUAGCUGUGAAUUAUACUCAGCCCAUCAACCAGGCCACUGGGGUCCCGAAGGCCAUUCACACACCUGGAGACAACCCCAGUGAGAUCCAGAGCUGCUGCCAGGAGCCCUAUUACGAGGCCGAGCCCUCAGGGACACUCACCUGCACUGUCCGGGUGCCCUGGAAGCAGACCCAGGAAAGGGAGGAGGCUCCCCGCUGUGUGCCUGCGUGUGGAAGGCCGGUGGUCCCCAUCUCCCAGACCCAGGAGUCCCUUGGCGCCUCCAGAGCUGAGCUGGGCAGCUUCCCCUGGCAGGCCCUCACCAGCAUCUAUGGCAGGGGCGGCGGGGCCCUGCUGGGUGACCGCUGGGUUCUCACCGCUGCCCACACCAUCCACCCCAAGGACAGCAUCUUGCUCGGGAAGAACCGGAGGGCCCAGGUGUUCCUGGGCCACACGGACACAGACCAGAUGCUGGAGCUGGGCGGCCACCCCGUGCGCCGCGUGGUCGUGCACCCAGAUUACCGUCAGGACGAGCCCCACGACUUCCACGGAGACAUCGCGCUCCUGGAGCUGGAGCGCAGCGUCCCCUUGGGCCCCCACCUCCUCCCAGUCUGCCUGCCGGACCGCGAGGCCUUGUACCGGCCCGGCCGGUGGGGCUACGUCAGCGGCUUCGGCGUGGAGAUGGGCUGGCUGAGCACCAAGCUCAAGUACUCGCGGCUACCCGUGGCCCCGAGGGCGGCCUGCGAGGCCUGGCUCCGGGAGAGGCGGAGGCCCGAGGCGUUCACCAAGGGCAUGUUCUGCGCCGGGGACCAGACGCGGCCGCAGAGUGUCUGCCAGGGGGACAGCGGCGGCGCCUUCGUGGUGUGGGACGAUCGCGCCCGGCGCUGGGUGGCCACGGGCAUCGUGUCCUGGGGCGUCGGGUGUGGCAAGGGGUACGGCUUCUACACCAAAGUGCUUGACUACGUGGACUGGAUCCGGGGAGUGAUGGGCGGGAAGGACUGACCCCGAGGGGCCGGGCUGGGCGCCCACAGUGGAGCCCAGCCGGGAGAGCGCUGGGUUCAGGACUGAGCCCUGGGUGCGGGUGGGUGGAUGAGGGAGACCUAACUAGGCCACAGAGCCAGAGAAAUCCUCUCCUCCCACAGCCCCGCCUCCUCACCCUCCACCUGCCUAGGGGGCUUCUGCCACACCCGGGAAGCCCCAUUCAUCUCUGCUCUGAACUUCAUCUCCUGCGGACCCAGCUUCUUCUGUACUCUCUUAGGAGACAGUCACCUUCUCAUCCCCCUGUUCAAGUGCUGUGAAGGAGUAGUCUCAAUUCGUUUCGUUUAUGAAACAUUCUGAAGCCCCUAUAGUCCACCUUCAAAUACUCAAACUCGUCUUCACCAAGCACAACCCAUGGCUGCAUUUGGAAUUGUAGCUCUUUUUGUUGUUUUAAA